AUGUCAUUCGCUGAUAAUAAUCCUUUGGAUGGAACGAGGAACCGAAAUGGAAAUCUUCGAAUUGUAAACGGUAACAGUAACCCAAAGCUCGCCAAGGGAAUAUGUGAAGCUUUGCGUAUCCCCAUUACAGAGUGCCGUGUUGGUACUUUUGCAAAUGGUGAAAUCAAUGUUAAAAUUCUUGAAUCCAUUCGAGGAGAUGACAUAUUUGUCGUUCAACCAACUUGUGGAAAUAAUGUCAUCAAUGUAAAUCAAGCAGUCAUGGAGCUUCUUCUUAUUAUUCAUACAUUAAAAUUAAGUUCAGCAAGACGUGUAUUUGCCGUCAUCCCCCAUUAUGGUUAUGCGCGACAAGACCGUAAACACACUUCUCGAGUUCCCAUCAGUGCUUCUGCUGUAGCCCGCAUGAUUACAGAAUUUGGUGUAAACGGUGUCGUUACUAUGGAUCUUCACUGUGGUCAAAUUCAAGGUUUUUUCCAUGGUUGCCCCGUAGCGGACCUCAGUGCAACUUCAGAAUUUGCAGAAUAUGCAAAAAGUAAGAACUUUGAUAUUUCUAAUCUUGUUGUUGUAGCUCCAGAUGCUGGAGCAGUAAAUCGUGCCAGACGUAUGGGAGAUUGCCUUGGAGCAGGACGCAUCGUUACUAUUCUUAAAAGACGUGUGGAAGCCAAUCAAGUGGACAGCAUGCAACUUGUAGGAGAUGUCGCAGGUUGUACAUGUAUUAUUGUGGAUGAUAUGAUUGAUACAGCCGGAACACUUUGCAAAGCAGCAGAAGUUCUAACUGAAUAUGGUGCAAAGGAAGUGCAUGCGUGGGCUACUCAUGGUAUUCUCACAGAUCCAGCAUGUGAACGUAUUACUAAGUGUGAGGCACUUGUGGAGGUUGUGGUAACAGACAGUUUACCACAAGAAGAUACUGUUCGUAAGUGUUCAAAGAUUAAAAUUAUCUCUAUUGCAAAUCUGCUGGCAGAAGCGAUUCACCGUAUUCACUCCGAAGAGAGCAUUGAACAUGUGGGUAAUCAACCUGUACCGCAAUAUCACAAUCAGGAUUUAAUUUCUCUGGAUGCCUUAGUAGAAGAAGAUGACUGGCCGCAGGGUGCGCAGAGAUCCAUUAAAAAGCGGAAUACAGUGGUUGUCAGCAAAUCAAGCAGCAGUGAUACCUCGCCGGCGGCACCACAAAGAUAG